CCAGCCUCCUGAAUCUCUCCUCCCUCUCUCCUGACCUGACACCGAAGUGAGGACCCAGAGGCCUCAGGGUCUGCAGAACCCUCUCUGCCUGCCCUGUGGUUCCCAGACAGAGCCUCAUCCUCUCUAAGGAUGGCCUGGAAACAGCUGCUCCUUGUCUCCUGUUUCUCCACCGCUGUGCUUCUCCUGUCCAUGCUGCAGGAGGGGACAGGUGCAUCCGUGGGCACCAGGCAGGUGGCUGGACAGGAGGCCCAGGAAGGUAUGGAACAGAAGAUAUUCAUGCAGGAAUCAGAUGCCUCGAAUUUCCUCAAGAAGCGCAGCAAGCGGUCUUCCAAAUCCCGAGACGAGGUCAAUGCGGAGGACAGGCAGAGGCUGCGGGCUGAUGAGCUACGAAGAGAGUAUCAUGAGGAACAAAGAAACGAGUUUGAAAACUUUGUGGAGGAGCAAAAUGAUGAACAGGAAGAGAGAGGCCGGGAGGCUAUUGAGCAAUGGCGCCAGUGGCAUUACGAUGGCCUAUACCCGCCAUACCUCUAUAACCGCCACCACAUCUGACCUCAUUGUCACAAACCCAGAAGACAGAGCUUGAAAUGCAUGUACUCACCCCAGGUGUUCCGUCCCAGGUGUUUGAGCAACUCUCUCUCACACAAACAAGUCCCUUCAAAGGGUCUCAACUUGGGGUGUGUGGUGGUAAACACGUAAGGCCUUUCUUUCUGGUGGAUUAAAAUGCCCUGGCUGUGGCUUCCUUACAGAUGAAUUCUGAGGUAAGCAAUGCCCAUGGGGCCGCCUAGCAUCAAACCUAAAGUGGUUUCCCUUGCUUAGCCAUUGUUCCCAAAGUGAGAGUCCCCUUUGAUAGAAGAAUGAAAAGAAUCACAGUAGAGAGAGAACAUUCCAUAUUUGCUUAUAGCUUACAAAUAAAAAUGCUGAGCGAACAA